UUGAGAGGUUAGCUGGGCAAAAUGGCGGCAGCGAAGAAAAGCGUUCUCUCAUCUUUAGCGGUUUACGCGGAAGAUUCUGAGCCCGAGUCGGAUAGUGAAGCGGGCGGGGUGGGCAGCGAGCGAGCAGCAGGGACAGAAGAAAAAGGAGGCUUGGUGUCUGAAGGCUAUGGAGAAGAUGACUUCAGUAAAAUGGAGGGAGAGGAAGAUGGUUAUGAUGAUGAUGACGAUGAAAACAGUAGACAGUCGGAAGAUGACGAUUCAGAGACUGAAAAACCUGAGGCUGAUGACCUAAAGGACUUUUCAGAACUGGAGAAGAGAGAUCCCCAGGAACUUGUUGCCUCUUUUUCUGAACGAGUAAGAAACAUGUCACCUGAUGAGAUCAAAAUCCCCGCAGAACCCCCAGGCAGAUGUUCAAACCACUUACAAGACAAGAUACAAAAGUUAUACGAGAGAAAGAUAAAAGAAGGCAUGGACAUGAACUAUAUUAUUCAAAGGAAGAAAGAGUUCCGCAACCCCAGCAUCUAUGAGAAAUUGAUCCAGUAUUGUGCUAUUGAUGAACUUGGUACAAAUUAUCCCAAGGACAUGUUUGAUCCUCAUGGAUGGUCUGAAGAUUCCUACUAUGAAGCACUAGCAAAAGCACAGAAAAUUGAAAUGGACAAGCUGGAAAAGGCCAAGAAGGAGCGAACUAAGAUUGAAUUUGUAACAGGCACUAAGAAGGGGACAACAAAUGCUCCAUCUACAACCACUACAACAGCCAGCACUGCAGGUGGAGAUGCACAGAAGAGGAAAAGCAAGUGGGAUUCUGCCAUUCCCGUGACAACAAUAGCUCAGCCCACCAUCCUCACCACCACUGCAACGCUGCCAGCGGUUGUAACAGUCACCACCAGUGCCAGUGGCUCCAAAACAACAGUGAUCUCUGCAGUUGGCACCAUAGUGAAAAAGGCAAAGCAGUGACAGGUGCAGUGAAGAGACUAGACUUGACCCGAGAGAGUUUUCUUUUGAUGUGCCAAAAGCACUGUUUUGGGAAGUAAAGGAGGGAUGCCCUCCUUUGGCUGCAAAAAAUGAAAAACUCUUGAAAAACGGACAUGAGGAAGAGGAGUUGGCUAUGCACGUUUGUAACAGAGCUCUGUAUGGGAAGAAGCUCUUGGUCUUCAUUGCUGGAACUGUCUCUUACGUUAUGUGUGAUACCAUUCCAGUGUGUAAAUUUUAUUAAAUGUUGUAUUAUAUCAGCCACUGUCUUAGGGUACUUAAACUCUGUGCAUUUGAGCGCUUUAAAAGACAGUGAGACUGUACUGAAGUCAAUUGGUUGUAUCCUAAACUAUUCAAUGCUGGGUAGGUUUUCAUUGCUCUGCCUCCAGAAAAUUAUACACAAAGGUGACUUACUCGUUUUGCCUGCAGAAAAUCUAUUUGGCAUUUGGGUAGAUUGUACAGAACUCAGUUUCAUGCUGGUCAUCUUUUACAUGUAUGUGAAUUGUCUGUGUGUAAACCCAUUUCGGUCUAACCCUAAUUUCUGGAAUUGGGAUAGAGAACUUGGAAAUCAGAGAUAAAAUGGUGCAGAUCAAGACUGAAGCUGUUGCUUAGCUUUUAGGAAAAGUUGGACUCUGCUGAUGAGAAGACAUUCAUGAAAAAGGGAGCAGCAAAUGGGGUUUGUAAAGAGUAAUUAUUUGUCAGGGUUUUAUGUACCUAUUUUAAAUGCCCAAAUAAAUGUGUGAUUGUGACAUAGAUGCUGAACUGUAUAUGUUUGUAGCAGUACUGUCAUUUUCAUCAAUGUUAAUGACAAAGCUAUUAUCAAUUCAAAUUUGUAUAAGCUUUCUUACUUGUCUAUCUGAACACCCUGAAUAUAAAAACCAAGUUUGGAAAGCA